AUGACAAAAAAGGAAAAUAUUACCAACGCUAAUGGAGCUAUUCCCAGGGCGAAGAGAAUAGAGCGAAAGACCUCAGGGAAACAUAAUAAAGAUGAAGUUACGAACCCUAAUUCCCAUGGUUCGAUGAAGAAGAGGCCUGCUCCUCUCCCCCUUUUCCUCAAGGCCUGUGCUGCAGGCAGCACUCCACCGGCAUCAGCGAGAGGAGAUGCAGCGGCGACUUCAAUACCGGAAGAACUUUUCAAGGACCCAGUACGAACGCAGAGUAUUAAGGCGUUGGUGAUAAAACCGCAGGUUGCAACAGUAAAAACGUCGAGGUCACAAGAUCACAAGGUCACGAAUACCAGUCACCAUAGCCAGUACCAGUAA